AUCAAUAGAAACGAGUGUAAACAAAUGUUACAGUAAAAAAGCUGUAAUAUCGGUGUUUUACUUUUCCUACGUUUGGACUGUGAGGAGCUGCCGUGUGGUCGUGUCGGCGUGGAGUUUUAAUCAAUAUUGCGCUUGGAAUCGACGUGUUUUCCACCCCGGCUGCAAAAUGUCGGUCGUCAUCGAAACCACUCUUGGCGACAUUACGGUCGAUCUGUUUCUCAAGGAACGUCCGAUGGCUUCGCUAAACUUCGUCAAGCUAUGCAAAAUGAAGUACUACAACUUCAAUCUGUUCCACACGAUUCAGCAGGAUUUCAUCGCUCAAACCGGUGAUCCGACCGGUGCCGGUGACGGUGGCAUGUCCGUGUGGGGCAUACUGGAAGGUGCACACAAGCGGUACUUCGAAGGCGAAGCCGUGCCGAAGAUAAAACAUUCCGAGCCCGGUCUGCUUUCGAUGGUAAACGCUGGCGAGCAUCUAAUUGGGUCGCAAUUCUUCUUUACCCUCGGUGCCGAUCUUACCUCGCUGGAUGGCAGACACACGGUCAUUGGUGAGGUAACCGAAGGUCACGAAGUGCUCCGUAAGCUGAACGAAGUGAUUUGCGAUGACCGCCAUCGACCGUACAAGGACGUACGCAUUACGCACACGGUCGUGCUGGACGAUCCUUUCGAGGAUCCGAGAGGAUUCCGUGAGCCUAGUCGUUCGCCAUCGCCGUCCGCCGAGCGGUUGCAGGGUGGGCGUAUCGCCGCAGACGAAGACAUCGACGAUCUGGAUGGAAAGACGGAGCAGGAAAUUGCAGAAAUGAUUGCAGACCGGGAGGCAAAAGCGCGCGCAACCAUCCUGGAGAUUGUUGGCGACAUUCCGGACGCGGACAUUGCUCCACCGGAGAACGUACUGUUCGUGUGCAAGCUGAACCCGGUCACGACCGACGAUGAUUUGCAGAUUAUCUUCAGUAGGUUUGGCAAGAUCAAGGGUUGUGAGGUGAUCCGCGAUAAGGUGACGGGUGACUCGCUGCAGUACGCUUUUAUCGAGUUCGAGAACCAGAAGUCAUGCGAGGACGCUUACUUCAAGAUGGACAACGUGCUCAUCGAUGACCGGCGUAUUCACGUGGACUUUUCGCAGUCAGUGUCGAAGGUGAAGUGGCGCGGCAAGGGUCGCGGCAUCGAAUUUGAGGACGGUGCCGAUAAGCGAUCAUUUCGGGACUAUGAUAGAAAAAAGCAAUCGAACAAGAACGGCGGUCCCAAGGCGGGGAAAGUCUCUCCACGGAAAGAACGAGUACGUUCUCGGUCGCCAUCGGCAAAGCGCCGUUCUCGGUCGGAUUCCCGUUCACGUUCGAAGUCGGGCUCACGAUCUCGAUCUCGAUCUCGAUCCCGGUCGCGUUCAGCGAAACGAUCUAAUGCAUCGCGAAGGCAACGCAGUAGGUCUCCGUUGCAGAAUCGUGAUAGAGAUCGUGAAAGAGGACGCCAGAAAGGCUCACCCAGACGUAACCCAGUGGAAAACCAGCGUGCCCGGAAGCCUAGCUUGACCAAUCGAAACUCUGCCUAUCUGGAGCAGCGCAAUGGAAGGGACAUUCGCAUUAAUCAAGGGAAGGUCGACUACAAAAAUCGUCCCUAUCCUGUCACGUUCAUUCAACGGAACACUCCCAAAGAUAAGCAAGCAGCACGCGGUGGACGCUCGGGUGGUGGUGGUGCGAAACGACCCGAUCCACCGCCACGCAGGCGUUCUAGGUCACGGUCUAGAGAUCGACGCCCCAGACGCUCUAGAAGCAGGUCACGUUCCAGAGAUCGUCGUCAAAGCCCCGCCCGGUACCGUAAGCAACGAUCGAGUUCACGGGAUGGGCCUUCGAGGCGCCGGAACUACUCUGAGGAUCGCGGAGGCGUCAUCGAACAGCGAUCGGUAAAGGGAAGUCAGAAACAUGAAUCGAUGAAAUCACCCGCAGCUAAAUCCAGUCGAGAGCCGGAACGGAACUUAAAGCCGGCAGCUAAACGUCGUUCGUCCAGCAAGGAUUCAUCCGACGAAUCUAGACGAAAAAAGAAGAAACGUAGUCCGUCUACGUCGUCGUCCGGCUCUUCGGACGGCACGGAUUCAUCCGGAAGCUCCAAUUCGUCGGGCGAGAGAGAAAGCCGGAAACGAAAGAAGAAGUCCUCUAAAAAGAAGUCGAAAAGCAGUAACAAAUCAAGGAAACGCAAGGGAUCGAUAUCCUCGGACGAGGGAAGGCAGCGAAAGAAGAAAUCCAAGAGCAAGAAAAAGAAAAAGAAGCAUUAACACAGAAGGGAAAAGGGCAAUUAAGCUGUCCAUCAGCUGGAAGUGGAGGCGCGUUUAAUUGAAUAACAAAUGAUUGGUUUGGGAUUGAAUACGAGUGAAGCAGCAGAAUCGCGUGCAAAUUAUGUGAAUUAACCAAUAAAGGAAAUUCACUUCAUGAAAUGUGUUUUUGAACG